AUGAUAUCAUUUCUUUUAGACUAGAGAAAACGUGUCAACGUCAUUGAAGGGGUUACUCAAGGCCUUCUUUAUCUCCAAGAGUACUAAAUUUCACUAUAAUCCAUUGAGAUUUGAAAGCAAGUAAUGUGUUGUUGGAUAAUGAAAUGAAUUCAAAAAUAUUAGAUUUUGGGAUGACUAGCAUGUUGAUAAAAGAUGAACUUGAAGGAAACACAAGAAUGAUUAUGGGCACAUAUGGAUAUGUGCCCCCUGAGUAUGUGAGAAGAGGCAUAUAUUCAAUGAAGUAUGAUGUUUAUAGUUUUGGAGUUGUUCUCUUGCAAAUCAUUAAUGGAAACAGGACCUCAUAUUACUAUGGGACACAUGAAAAUCUGAACCUUUUGGAAUAUGCAUAUGAGCUGUGGAAAGAAGGAAAAGGAAUGGAGUUCAUUAAUCAGUCACUGGACGACACAGAAUCAUAUCGUAAAAUCUUGAGAUGCAUGGGGGUAGCUUUGUUGUGA